AUGAUUAUCUCUGCUACCGACUCUGAACAAUACCCUACAAAUACUAACCAAACCAACUUACAGAUAUCCAAACCUGAUGAUGAGACCUAUUGGAAACAACUUGAGGAUUUGAAUAAUACGAUUGACAAAUUAAAAGAAGAGCUGGUUGGGAUUAAUGAGAAAAUCAAUAAUUCCUCCGAAAGUGGUACUAUUGUUCAAAAGCGUGAAGAACUUCGGUCUCAACUAGAUAGACUUCGUGGAAAACAAGCAGAAAAAAAACAAGGACGGUUAAAAACUUAUGAACAAAUUAAAAACUUAAGUGAAACACAAGAGAAAAAGAAACGUACUCUUAAGGCAGCACAAGAAAAACUACAAUAUCGUACGAUCAAAGAGAUUGAUUCCCAGAUUUUAAAAUUAGAAAAGCAAAUUGAAUCCGGAAAUUUGAAAAUUGUUGAAGAAAAACGAUUUAUUUCUGAAAUAUCUUCUUUAAAGAGAUCCAAGAAAACCGUCGAAGAAUGUGUAAAUUUUCAACUUUCUAUCGAUUCCGAUGAAAAAGCUAUAAAAGAAUUGAGAAGUUCUAUCGAUGAUAAAGAAUUUAGAGAAACAAAUGCUCAAUACGAGAAAAUUUUAGCAGAACUUGAUUCUAUCAGCAAAGAUCAUGCAUCAGAUAAAGAAAAAAGGAAUGAAUUGUUUGAAGAAAGAAAAAGAUUACGUGAUGAACUCACAACACAGAUUUCUGAUAGAAAAGCGAUGAAAGAAGAUUAUAAUAGAGCCAAACAAAAAUAUAAGCAAUUAUUGGAUGAAGAACGUCGUCGUAGAUUUGAAAUGAACAGAAAGAAGAGAGAAGAACGCGAUGAACAAAAAAGGUCUGAAAUUGUGAGUCGUAUGCGAGAAGAAGCUGAAAUCCCUGCUUUUCAAGAAGAAAUUCUUAUUUGUGAAAAUUUGAUUAACUACUUUCAAACUCAGUAUGGCACGGGAAAACCUACUCUACAGGCCGACACUAAUUUAACCAAUGAAAGUAAUAAUAACAAUAAUAACAUUCGUCAACCUGAUGUGAUCAAUAACAUUCCUGAAGGAACACUUUUAGUUAAAAAAUCAGAUCGUGAAGAAGAUUAUUUUGGAAGGAGUAAAUCAUCCAAAAAGACGAAAAUUCCCAAAGAAAAGAAAUCAAAUAAAUUUAAUUUAUCAUUAAAAACCAUGGAACAAUUAAUUUCGUUUAAGGUCACGGUUCCUCUUAACGUUUCUGAUGUGGACAAAACAAUUAAUGAAUUAAAAGAAAAAAAGGAUUAUUUUGUGGAGAAUCAAGAUCUAGAGAAAUCAGCAGCUGUUGUUGUUAAAGAAGUAACCGAAAUAGAAGUUAAUAGUUAA